AUGGCCAGAUCAAAGAGAAGUAAAGUUGUAUCACUCACAACCGUCGUAAAGAACCCAGGAGAAAAGAAGAAGCGUUUAGUAGCAAACGUCAGAGAAUUGAUAGACGAAUACAAGAGUAUCUAUGUUGUCUCUUUUGACAAUGCCAGAAAUAGUCACUUAAAGCAAGCUCGUACCGAUUGGCCAGCAAGCAAGUUCCUCUAUGGCAAGAAGCAGGUCUUGGCCGUCGGUCUCGGUAGAACCCUCGAAGAAGAAUUAAGACCAAAUCUUUCAAAGGUUACAAAGUAUUUAAGUGGAGAAUGUGCAUUGUUCUUUACCAAUGAUUCAAAGGAUACUGUUAUGACAUAUUUUGAAAAUUUCAAAGAAGAGGACCAUGCUCGUGCUGGUUUUGUUCCAAAGGAGACUGUUGUCAUUCCAGCUGGCACUAUCGACAUGCUUCACUCACAAGAACCAUAUUUACGUAAACUCGGUAUGCCAACCUUAUUAAAGGCUGGUAUCAUCUCUCUCGAGUCAGAUUUUAACCUUUGUGAAGAAGGUAUCCCAGUUACACCAGACCAAGCCAAGUUAAUGCAAUUGUUUGACAAGAAAAUUUCAGAGUUUAGUUUCAGAGUUGUCGGAGUUUGGAGUGAUGAUGCUUUUGAAGCUUUCGCUGAACCAUCUCAAGAUGGUGAUAUGGAAGAUGAUGAAUAA